UGUAAAUUGUUGGAGUUGCCUUGUGUUAGAGGGAUAUCACAGAAGACAAUCAGUUGACGAAGAGAGAGCAGGCACAGAAUGGGAGACUCGCGCUCCCUAGCAGAGCUGGAGCGAAUCCAAACCCAAAUCCUCCAACGCAUUUCAAGCCUCGAGAUCUCCUCCGCCUCUCUUCUUCCCCAACCCACCCCCACCCCAACUCAAAACGACGCCGGCACCGAAGCUCGCCUCUCCGCGAUUCUCAAAUCCAAAGGCGUCAACGGCUUCUCGUUCAAGACAGUCGCCCCCGAUUACUACGAUUGGCCUCUCGAAGCCCGACGCGACGCCGUCGGAGCCGCCUCCGUCCACCAUCUCUGCAAAACCAUUGUUCUGGUCAACACUCAAGCUCCACCUAGUGUGGUUGAUUGUAGCGACCGCAACAACUCAAAGUAUUAUCUUGUGGUAGUUCAGUAUACGGCUCGGUUUAAUGCCGAAGCUGUUAAGAACUUCUUGUAUACCCUCAACGAAGGCAAAAUCGCCAAAAAGAAGUUCAACUUGGCUGUGUCUGAUUAUGCAGUGAGGCUUGCACCUGAGGAGACUUCAACACAAUUGACUGGGUUUGAGCACAAUGCAGUUACAUGUGUUGGCAUGAAAACAGAAAUUCCGGUGAUUUUGGAUGAAGCAAUUCAAAAACUUAAUCCCGAUUUCUUCUGGUUGGGUGGCGGAGAGGUUGAUCUGAAGCUGGGCAUCAAAACCUCGGAGUUCAUAAAUGUUGUUAAACCUUUUAUUGUGAGCUGUAGUAGUAGCACUUGAUUGACACAAAGUAGAUUCCAAAUUUCUAUAGGAACAGUACAUCAGAGCACAUGUUAGAGAGCAGAGACCGAAGAACUGUCAUUAUCAGAGUGAUCUUGCAAUGAAGAGAUGAUCCAUUUUUCUUUUAUUUUCCGUUGAAAGACUGAUGCAGCCACUCUUGAAUAGUAGACAGAUCACUUUUCAUGAA